AUGGAUGGGAGCGACAAAGGACUGGAGACUUUUGCGGUACCAGCAGGAACAAGCGGUGAAGCCAGUUCAGCAUCCUCGCCUGGCAAGGCUUCUUGCCAAGUUGACGUUGUAGCCGUUGCUGAGCCACCAGUUUCCACACCAUCCUCCUCCACACUCAUCAAGUCUGUAAUCUCACCCUCGGAUUCCCAUACUGCACUUUCCCUAGUUCGCAGCACACUCGCUGCCAAUCAAUCCUACCAGAAAUCUCUCGACUCUCUUGCGCAGUCCCUUCGGAGUGAGCUUGCACGUUCGGAGAAACUCCUUGGAGAAGUGGAGCGGAAUGCCACCUCAAAAGGUAUCGGUUCCGUACUAAGGACAUGGCCGAAAGAGCAUGUAGUUCUCAUCAGGGAAGGAUGGGUCCGAAUGAAGACAAUCAUUGGGAGGAAACAAAUAUUUGCAGACGAUUCGCCUUUCCAUGACGAUGUGAUUAGGCAUAAACGGUAUAGGAAUUUGACGACUCCCAAACCAUUUACUCCCAAAGAACGCUCCUCACUGAUGUCUACGGUUCGUAACGAGAAUAUGCGACUCUGUACCCGCGAGCUUGCAUCAAAUGGUGCUACAGAUGCUCUUGAUAAUUGCCAGCUACCGAUCUUGAACGAACGCACGAUGGGUUGGAUUGGGACAGAAUUGCCUCUCAGGUUCGUUCAUUCAUGGGCGUCUCCAGCACUCAAUCCAGCGGAAUUAUUAUUCGAGCAACGAACAGCUCAAGAAUGUAAAGUCCAGUGGAUGGUAGUGGAUCGUCCGGAAUCGGCCAAUGCCACAGACCUAUCAUGGGACGACGAGGAAGAUGCCAAAUUACGAUCCUUGGUUGGCGACAAAGACUACAAGCAAGGGGAGGUAGACUGGGUGGUAGUUGCAACAGAGCUAGGGGGAAACAGAUUACCCAUUCAUUGCCUCAGUAGGUUUCUCUGUCUGGAAGGCCUCGCGCUUCCACAGCCAAAGAAAGGCAAUACUUCCUCUCAGCGUCCAGGUGCUGGAUUGCCUCGUGAAAAGGAGCAAUGGACAGCUAAAGAAGAUGCCGAGCUCCUCGAUGCGGUGUACGAUCUAGGGGCGGGUAAAUGGCGUGCAAGUGAGGAGCGCUAUACAAGGACGACUAUUGCUGGGAUAAACGGUGGAAGGUGGACAUCCGAGGAGGAUAGAAGGCUUCGACAAGCUGUGGUCGAGGGAGGAAUUAAGGACUGGAAUGUCGUUGCCGAUGUUGUUGGCACUCGUAGUGGCCAGCAGUGUCAACGCCGGUGGGGGAUUCUUGAGAAGUUGCCGAACAUUUCUGUGCCGGACAAUUCGAACGAUGUGCCUGAAUCAAGUGCGACGCCCCUACGGAGGUUUAAACGGACAAAGAAAGCCCUCGUGAUGGAGAUGGAGACAGUAAUGCCAAAGAUGACGUCGGCCCCAACACUCCCGAUCCAGCUUCCGAUACGACCACGUCUGCAAAAACUCGCUCAACCAAGCGAGGAAGACGACAACGGAAGCCCCCGACUGCAUCAAAUUCCCCGUCUACUUCUGCCAAUGCAAUGGACGGCGUGCAGGAAGUAA